AUGAAUAUAUGUUUAAUCUGUAAAAAAGGUUUUAAAUCACUUCAAGAUUUAAAACUUCAUCAAACAAUUGUGUACAAAUACAAUAAAAGAUCAUAUCAAGAAUUAGCCAAAAUUUUUAAUAAUCCAAAUUGGAGAAAAAAAUUUUAUAAUCAGAAUCAACAAACUUAUGUAGUUUGUAAAAAUUCAGAUCAAUUUGCUAAUAUUAUUGAACAUAGUAUAGAAAAAGAAGAAAUUGAUCUAUUAGAACUUUUGGUUCAAAAUAAUUUACUGGCUAAUCAACAAUCUAAUAAAUCUAAAAGAUCACAAGUUUUUCAAGAAGAA